CCGAAACUUCGCUCGUUCGACGGCCGCGCGAUUUCGAACGCAACCGCCCUACCCGCGGGCAAGCCUUCCGGGUCAGUGAAUCCCGGGGAUUAACCGCGAACACGAACCAACACGGUGUGCCCGACGACGAUUUUUUUGUCAACGGGACCAGAGAUUUUCUCGUUCGGAACCCCCGUUUGCCGCGAGUGUCGUGCAACACACGGGCGACGGAAGUGCUCGACGCACCGCGCCCCGGUGACGUCGUGACAUGUGCGAUAGCCCGUCGUUAUCGUCGUCGCGGUGGUCAACGUCGGGGCGAGGAAAGGGACGGCGUGCAACGGCGGUGAUCGCCGGCUGGCGGGAAACGGCCGCGGGCAAGAGCACGUGGACGACAGGCACCGCGACGAGGGCCGGCGGCGCGACAGGUUGAAAAGAUGCUGGCACUGGCGAUGCGCCGCGAACACACGACCGGCCGCGGCAAUUACGAGCCCGCGAAUCCGCUCGCGGGUUUCGAGCACUUGCAGCACAACAGCGGCGGCAAUCCGUUCGCGGUUGUGCCCGCCUCGUCGGAGGGCCGGCUGCGCGAGACCGGCCCGGAGACCGACGGCGAGCUGCAGGAGUUCGUAGACAUCGCUCAGGUCCAGCAACUCCUCCAGCAACAGCAACAACAACAACAGCAGCAGCAGCAGCAACAGCAACAGCCCCAACACCACCACCAUCAUCACCAGCAACAGGUGGCGGCGGCCGCGGCCGCCUCGUGCAUCUGGGGAGCGGUUUAUCCACCCCCGCCGCCCGCUUUGGGAUACCAUCACCAUCACCAUCACCAUCACCAUCCACCGCCGCCCACCUCAGGCGAGGACACGCAGUGCGGUACCGAGGAGGCUGUCGCCGCCGGCCAGGGAAGCGACCCGCUCCAGAGGAUGACGAUGGACGGCAUGGAAGUGGUGGGCACGCAACCCCACGCGGCCACCAGCCCGUUUCUGCUAUCGUCGCCGCCCCUUGGUCAUCAUCAUCAUCACCAUCAUCACCCCACCUUCAAUCUACAGACGGUGCAGCUAAGCUUCGACGCGUGUUUGCCGUACAACGCGGCCACGUCCUCGAACUCGAUCGUUUGCGGCGUCGGCGGCACCUCGUCGCCGGUUCCCACCACAUGCACCUCAUCGACGAGCUGCAACAAGACGAUACCAAUUCUCUCGUUGGCUACGUGCGUCCCGUUGCACGCUCAACACCAAAACAAUACCGAGGCCGCGGAACACCAUGGGCCCCACCAUCAGCAUCAUCAUCAUCACCACCAUCAACGGCUCGAGGAUCAUCAGCAUCAUCGGCACGUCGAUGCCUCCUCGCCGUCGAACGACUCCAACGACGGCAAGCGACGGCUGCAGUCCGUCAACGAGGACAAGGACUGCUCGAGGGACUGCAGGGACGAUCUUCAGGAACCGAUCGAGAAGGAUAAGCCAGGUGACCUAAACACGCCGGUUACCACCAGCAGCGAUUUACCGUCCUUCUUCGGCCCCUCCGCGCUCGUCGAGCCACCUCCUAUUUCAGGCAGCCUGGCGGGCGAGGACCUGUCCCUGGAAGAGGCGACACCGGAGGACGAUGAGACGGCGACCUCCGCCAGCAGGGAUCACCGACACCACCAUCACCAGGAGUCCCAGGACAACGGGACGGCGGGGGCGCCACCAUCUAGCAGUCCGCCGCGCCACCAUCAGGCCCAGGAGGACGCGGAUCGUUGCAACGUCCUCCAAGGCGGCGUGAUACUCUACUCUUCGCCCCAUUCCACGUCGUCGGUGUCAUCCGCGCCCGCGACCAGCGUCAACAUCUGCAACGUGCCCACGCUGACCUACCGCGGCGUUUUCACGACCACCUGCGCGCAAUCCUCGCCGCUGAACACCCUGCAGAACCAGCAGCCGCAGCAGCAGCAGCAGCAACAACCCCAGCAACAGCAGCAGCCGAGCGGCCAGGAGAUCUGGGGACCGUUACCCUCGCCGACCCUCACCUUGACGGGUCAACCGUUCCUUCACCCCACUCUGCACUCGGCUCCGUACGGCGGCGAGACCGUCGAACUCCUCCAGGUCGAGUCGAAACCACCCCCGCCGCCAGGUUACCACGAUACGCCUACCGCCACCCCGGCUGGCUGGCUGACGGCGCACGAGGAGGCUUACGACCCGAACCUCCUGUCCCACCACCAUCCCCAUCACCAUCAUCAGGAGACGACGCUCAAGCAGGAACCGACCGGUACCGCGGGCUACGGACCGACCGUGCAGCAACAGCAACAGCAACAGCAACAGCAGCCUCAACCGAGCCAGCAGCAGCAACAGCAACCGCCACCGGCCGCCGGUACCGGCGUGCAACUCGCGGAGUACAACCCCAGCACGUCCAAGGGGCACGAGAUCCUCUCGCAGGUGUACCAACAGAGCGCGUUGCCGCUGAGGCUGGUCCCGGUGAAACCGCGAAAAUACCCGAACAGACCGAGCAAGACGCCGGUGCACGAGCGUCCGUACGCCUGUCCCGUGGACGGUUGCGAUCGCAGGUUCUCGCGCAGCGACGAGCUCACCCGUCACAUACGCAUCCACACCGGGCAGAAACCGUUCCAGUGUCGCAUCUGCAUGCGCUCGUUCUCCAGGAGCGACCAUCUCACCACCCACGUGAGGACGCACACCGGCGAGAAACCGUUCUGCUGCGACCAGUGCGGACGUAAGUUCGCGAGGAGCGACGAGAAGAAACGGCACGCCAAGGUGCACCUCAAGCAGAGGCUGAAGCGCGAGGCGACCCACGCGUCCGCCAGAAAUCACCCGCAGAGCCACGCAUCGCCGCCGUGCAACCAGUAAACACACGACCCUCGAACCGACGCGCCUUUCUACAGGGUGUCUUGUUUCAGUGAGUACACUAUCUAGGAAGGAGUAGUUGGUAAAAGACAUGUUUGUACAAAAGUUGUUUGGGACGGUGCUAUAGUAUGUAGUACUAAUUGUUUUCUCUGGGUGGAUUCCUUAAAUAUAUUCUUUUCUUCAGAGAGUAAGAGCAGGCACUGAGACAGAUCCAAUGAGGUGCAAUAUUAGUUUGAAUUCUAUAAAGGGUAAAUUUGUUGAGUUAUGUUUACGUCAACAGUCGCUGCUGAGCAGCGUUGGUUGCAUUCGUAUCAAGUUAUUGUUGCAAUUAUGAUAUUAUAGAAAAAUAUUAAAAGGUAGAUAAGGAAAGGGAACUCAUCAGUAAGGCUCUCCAGCAGGCACUGAGACAGAUCCAAUGAGGUGCAAUAUUAUUUUGAAUUCUAUAAAGGGUGAAUUUGUUGACUUAUGUUUACGUCAGCAGUCGCUUGCAGCGUUGGUUGCAUUCAAGUUACUGCUACAAUUAUAUUAUUGGGGCGCUGCUUUGCUGGUUGUAGAAAAACGAGAAAGAUAGAAAAGAGUAGAUAGGGAAAGGGGACUCAUCAGUAAGGGUCUCUAGCAGGCCCUGCCUUAGACUACGAUUGGGGUAGUCGAGGAGCGUAUAUAUAGCAGGUGGCGAGUAAAGCAAUUAGUACUACAUGAUGCAGCCCAUUCUAUCGAACUUCUAGUACCAACAUUCUUUUAAUGACUACAACACUCAAACAAGACACCCUCCUGUACGUUCUUCCUUGCGUUGCAACUGAAAACAACGAAGACAAGGAGGGGCGUAAAAACGGGCGUUGUUUCGACGAUCGUACGCCGCGCAUUCCUUCGAUCCAUUUUGUAGCUUCUCUCCUCGCCGGGCGACGAGGAAACGACGGAGACCUUUAGGCGGAUACGCACAGGCUGCCGUCACCGACUGAUCCGUCAUCGAUCGUCGUCGGUCUUUGCCAGCCGUGGGACUCUCGACGCUUGUAAAACCACGCGUGAUACCGAGACGCUUGUUCGGACGAUUUAUUAGUACGUAAGAGAUCCCUGGAGGAUUCGUUCGGAUAAUAUUGUAAAUACCGCGCGAGGCGGACGUUUUUUUAAUUUACCCAGAAAGAAAAUUUUUCAAAUCUUCUCUCUCGGUCUGCCGUGCCUCGAGGACGAACCGAGGGAGCGCUCUCUUCGUUGUCGCCCGUUAGUUGCAUUUAGUUUCCCUUUUUUUUCUUUUCUUCUUCUUUUCCACGGAACGAGUUCGAACGAUUCCUAGCUUCGCCGGGUUAAGUUGUUUCCCCCCACGACGACGGGUCGGUAUCGGUCCACGAACGGGCCCGUCGGGGAUCGUUAUUUACGGGCGGUCGCGUUUUAUGCCCUUGUUUGCGAUCGGGGAACGACCGAGAGACGCGGAUGCGAAAAAAUCGCGCGCGCCGAGAUAUUCCAGUGUCGCGGUAUACUGCGACCGCGUUCGCGAACGAACGGCGUACGAAUCGAUACCGCCCGCAGCUUCCGGGAAUCAGGGAGGAAUUCAUCCGACAAGAUAGAUAGAGAGAGAGAGAGAGAGAGAGAGCAAACGCGAGCGCGUAAAAAAGAAAAAAAAAAAUAAUAUGGUCGCGCGAGCUUCUCGAAACGAUCCACCGAGAACGAUUCGAAAAGCCCGCGCGCGCCUCGCGAUGGGGGGAGUUAUCGAAAAGUAUUUUCUAUGUAUUUUUAUAAGCGCUCGAACGGAUGUGCUCGCUCGCGAGCGUUCGUUCGGGAUCCUGCGGGGGAGGCAUUAGCGCUGGACGAUGCUCAAAAUCAGGUUCCGCGUCGAAAAAAAAAAAAAACGAACGAUUCGAUGUCGCGUGGUCGGUCCGACCAAGAGACGCGCACACACGGCCCUGAUAUCGUUGCAAGAAUCGAUCCACGCACUGUUUUGCGUCCUCGAACCUCGUGUCUUUCAAUCAUACAAUCGAACAAUCGCUUCGUAUCGUCCUCUACCUCUCGAACGGGUCCACGUUGUCUCGUUCCUACUUCGAACAAAACGCCCUUCCGUGAUCCGGACACGCUAAAAUCUCGGACUUUUCCCCCGCCCACCCGCGUUAACAUUCGAACCGUCCUCCCGUGUCCCCCGUCCCGGAAAAGAAAACAAAAAAAAAAGAAAAACCCCCGCGCCAUUCCCAGCUUUUUUUUUCAAAAACGCACGUCAAGUCCCCUCCCCCUUCGUUAACGAUCCUUUCGCCGCCAGCAAACCCCACGAGUAAAAUCGUAAUUAGUCGUGAUCAUCGUUGUUGAACCGGAAGUUUUCCUUUGUAAAUAUGUAUAUAUAUAUAAUAACGUGUUAUAGAUAUGUAUACAUGGGUUACGUGUCUAAUCGUACGAGCAGAGACAGAGAGUGACAGAGGGAGAGAAAGGGAACCCGUUAAAAUCUUUCACUUUCCUCCUUUUAAUCUUGCCGCCCUACUUUCCCCUCUUCUCCUCUCGGUUCUCCCCCCCCCCACUCCCCUCCGAAAUCGCUCCCCUCCCUCCCUCC